CAGGACUAUGCUCCUAUCUGAAGAAUAUAUGCAGCCCGCCCAGCCUAAUCCUGAAAACUAGCCGGUUUCAAGGAAUAGAAACCGAAACCGACUCUCAAUUGGAGUCCCCUCCCCCCUGGGCCCUGAUCUAAAAAGCAAGAUCUGCUUCAAGACCAGAGGUAGAAAGGAAAUCUAAGCGAUCAGACCUCGGCUUGGUUCUCCUCCUCCCAGAAGGACUCCAGACCUCUGCAACUCGUCUCUAAACAUCUGGGUCUGGAUUCCAGUUCUGGAUCUCUCCAUAGAGAACUUCUGCCGGAGGACAGCAACGUUUAUUGUUUUGUUUUGUUUUGUUUGUUUUUGUUUUUUUCUAGGAAGAAAGGGGUGACGGUCCAGGAAGGCCACUAACAUUGAAUCACACAUAAUAACUCCUCUUGAUCAGGGUUUGAGGAGUAUUAAGUGAGAUAAGGCAUUCGAAGGAACCAACUCAGAUUCACAGACACAGGACCUUCUCGCUGUGUACUAAGAGUGGAGGAAGAACCCGAGGAACGGCUUCCUCGGAGACCCUAAUAAAACCAGAGAGCCUCACCAGGGAGCUGAAAGGUCCACAGACAGUGUGACACGGAUCUUGUCAUGAAACCAUCACACAAGUCCUUUGAGGCUGCUCCACUGCUCCCCAAGAUGGCAGAGACCCAUUAUGCUCCACUGAGUGCGUCCUUCCCCUUUGUCACGUCAUACCAAACAGGCUGCAGCAGUUUACCUGAGGUCAGCAGGAGCACUGAAAGAGCUUUAAGAGAAGGAAAACUCCUGGAACUGGUCUAUGGAGUCAAGGAGACUGUGGCAACAUUGUCCCAGAUUCCAGUGAACAUCUUUGUGACUGGGGACUCAGGCAACGGCAUGUCAUCUUUCAUCAAUGCGCUUCGAAUCAUCGGCCAUGAGGAAGAUGCCUCGGCUCCCACUGGGGUGGUGAGGACCACCCAGACACGGGCUGAGUACUCGUCAUCCUACUUUCCCAACGUGGUACUGUGGGACCUUCCUGGAUUGGGGGCCACAGCCCAAACCGUAGAGAACUAUGCGGAAGAGAUGAAGUUCAGCACAUGUGGCUUAUUCAUCAUCAUCGCCUCUGAGCAGUUCAGCUCGAAUCAUGUAAAACUGGCCAAAGUCAUCCAGAGCAUGGGAAAGAGGUUCUAUGUUGUCUGGACCAAGCUGGACAGAGACCUCAGCACGAGUGUCCUAUCAGAGGUCCGGCUUCUACAGAAUAUCCAGGAGAAUAUCCAUGAGAAUCUCCAGAAGGAGAGGGUGAAGGACCCCCCCAUAUUCAUGGUAUCCAAUCUAGACCCUUUACUAUAUGACUUCCCGAAACUUAGGGACACACUUUAUAAAGACCUUUCCAACAUCAGGUGCUGUGGACCCUUAAAGACCCUUUAUGGCAUUUAUGAGAAGAUCAUUGGUGAUAAAGUAGCUGUCUGGAGGCAGAGAAUAGACAGAGAGUGCUUGAGGAAUUCUCUCGGUGUCAGAGAUGAUGACGACAUGGGGGAGUGUCUGAAAAUAUACCGAUCGAUAUUUGGUAUAUCUGAUGAAUCACUUCUGCAGGUAGCCCAGAAUAUGGGGACAGUAGUCAUGGAGUACAAGGCCAACAUGAAGUCCCAAAACUUGCACACUCUCCGAAAAGAGGACUGGAGACUGUGGAUGAUGACCUGUGCCGUUGUGAAUGCACUCUUCCGUUUGUUUAAAUGUCUCCCGUGUGUAUGCGGCUGUUUCAGACGCAUGAGACAUAAACGCAUGCUUCUCUUAGUUGCCCAGGACACCAAGAACAUCCUGAAGAAAAUCCUAAGGGACUCCGCAAAUCCUUCCGCAAAUCUAGUGUAAGGGUGGCCUGGUUCCCUUCUCACAUGGAAGCCAGAUUACCUUAGGAUCCUCUUCCCUAGAGCCCUAUUUCUCCACUAGAAAUCAAGAGAUAUAGUAACAUUUCCUGUAAGGAUUUUAGAUUUCUUGAGAGGAGUUAAAGUCACCCAUUUCCCCUGUCUCCAUUCUAAUGCAUUAUUCUACUGAGGGACGGAGACAAGUAGUGAUUAAAAAUCAUUGACCAUGAUUCUCAGAUUUGGAAUAUAGAAAUUUUGCUUUCUGCUAUUAAGUGUGAUAUAUGUCUAAAUCAAUUUUCCUCUGAAACAAUAAAGUUGGUUCCUCUUCAUUA